AUGUUUGGAAGUCUCACUUCUAUGCUCUUGUCGCACAUGUCGGCGGCCAAGAUCCCCCGGGAUCAGGUGCCGCCGCCGACGCCGGUUGCCCUGCCGAGAUUCCACCCGCAGCUCUCGGACGAGCAGGUCGCCCAGAAGCUGGAGGGCCCGCUGCCGGCCAUCCUGCAGCAGAUCGUGCGCCCGAACGAGGUCACCCUCAAGCACCUCGAGGCCCUCGGCGUGCACGUGCACCCGGACGCCAGCCUGACUGAGCUGAUCCCGAACCCGGCCUGGAUCCCGGAUUUUGCUACCUGGAAGAACUGGACGCGCGAGCAGGCCAUCCACCACGAUGAGGAGACCCGCCGCCGCCUCAACAACGGCCGCAUCUCCCCCGGCUCCCGCGCCUACUACGAACGCCGAAACGAGUUCCUGCUCAGCAACGACGACGCCUUCCGUACCAUUCGUCGCUUACCCCCUCGCAAAGGCGGCAGCGUCGUGCGCUUGGGCAACGCGUACGAGUUCUACCGCAACCUGGAACUGUUCACGGCUUACUGGGACGACACCUCGAAACAAGAAGGGGAUGCAGGUGCUGCUGCCACCACCACCGCGGCCAAUGGCGAGGAUAAGGAGGAGGAAGAGGAAAGGCCCGGCGAGGGCGGCUUCACCAUGGCCUCGUUCUACCGCUCGCACCCGGGCACCAAGAUGCCGCUGGACUACCGCAACAACCUGGUCACCGCCUUCCUGAAGCUGGUCACGUACGACUUCGGCUGCAACAUCUCGGCCGCGCGCUACGAGCCCCGUCUGCACAUCACCUCUCGCACAGCGACCUCCUCCCGCUCCUCCUACUUCCCCUCCGGCUGCAUCUUCAUCUUCCGCUCGCCCACCACCCGCGAAGAUGCCAAAGCUGGGAUCGUCGAAGGUCCCCUCGCGGCCGUCACGGCACGCAAUGUCACCGAGUUCAGCCCCGACGCGGACCCCUUCGACAAGGAAGCCGUCGUCGAUCUGGCGCGGGAACUCCUCGCGGCGCUGAUCACGGCGCAGCACCGCGCCCGCGAGGGGCGUGAAGAGAAGAGGUUUGGCGAAGGAGCCUGGUGGUGCACCAAGCCGCGGUGGGGCGGUGGCCCCGGCGGGCCCAUCGGGCGCGAGGUUGACCAGCUCGCCAGCGGGGACGAGACGAUUGGCGAUAAGGACGCGCCGCCGCCCGUCGAGGGUGCGCAUGUACCGCCGCCGGAGCCGGCAUCCGCUCCGUCUGGGCCGUCGUUUGGGAGGUUGCCGUUUGGGCAGGGGACGUCGGCGUUUUCUAGGUCGAGUUUGCGGAGUCGGGCGCUUGGGUUAGCUUCUGCCAGUGGGAACGGGAAUGGGGAGUCGAGCGGGGGGAAUGGUAGCGACGCGAAGGAAAUCGGCGAAAAAGCCAGCAAGCGCCUCAAAAAAUCCAACCCCAUGUACGACAACUACCGCCAGAUCCGCCCCCCGUCCUCCACUUGGGACAAGAAGGCGCGGUACCAAGCCAUCGGCCGCGUGCGCGGCGCCGACUAUGAUGACAUCUUUGUUGUGAGCAUGCUGUUCCACCACGUCAGCUUGCUGCGUGUGCGCGUGCCGAAUCGGCUGCUCGAGGUGCUGGAGGGCGAGGGGGAUGAUAGUAGGAGUUGGGGGCGGCUGGAGGUUUGGAGGAGUAAGUGGUUUGAUUUGUUUAAGCCGGAGGAGAGGGUCGAAGCCAUGGAAGCUGUGUGGGCUAUGAUGGGGUGGUUGAUGAGGAAGGAGGAGGAGGAGGAGGAAGAAAAGGAGAAGGAGAAGGAGAAGGAGAAGGAGAAGGAGAAGGAGAAGGAGAAGGAGAAGGAGAAAGAGGGAGUGAGGCAAGGGAAGAAGGAUGUUGAAAUGUCAGGGGUUUGA